CGCCCAUCGGCCAGCAGGCGCUUCAGGUUUCUUCUACCCUUCAGUUUCUGCUCGCCCUGUAACCCCGGACAGACUAGCGGGUCGGCCUGUGGUUCGUUGAGCCAGCGCCAAAAGCGUUUCCAAAUCGGGCCUUACAAGCGCGGGCCUGAAACGGACAAGUCCUCCCAUCCAAUACCGACGUUGGAUCACGGCCAUCAGCAGAUCUGCAGCCUCCAAAAUUCAGAACAAAGACAGACGUUUUAUAUCUCGGCCGGCCCAUUGUCCAUUUUUCAUACUUCCCUGUGAGGUUGUUGAACUUUGCAAAAAACUAUCCAUACUUCCCACACACCAUCCGUGAAGUCAUCGCCAUGAACCUGGCGGUUAAGUACCUCCAGGAUGCGGCUUUCAAGAAGCUGGGGAAGAAGAACACAAACCUAGAAAAUCCCUACUACGAGAAGGUACCCGUCGUGAAAAAUGGCACAGUCGUCAAGUACCAGAAGAAAGAGAGAGCUAUCCCGCCGGGUCUAACGGACGAUGAGGCCAAGAUUCUCAAGAGCGUCCGGAAGAGGGCCUAUCGGUGGGAUAUGUGCUUUACAUUCUGCUGCUUCGGAUUCGUAUUUGGCUGGUCGGCCAUAUUUGGUCUCGUGCCUGUCAUUGGUGAUUUCUUCGACUUCUUCAUGGGCAUGAUGCUGUUGAAAAAGGCUUCGCGAAUCAAGGGUGGCCUGCCAAAAACCCUGUACGCCAGGAUGUUCACCAAUAUCCUCAUCGAUUUGGCGGUCGGCUUCGUCCCGUUCCUUGGAGACUUGGCCGAUGCGUACUUCCGAGCCAAUACACGCAACGCCUGGCUGCUUGAUGCAUACCUGACUGCGGUCGGUGAAGCACGCAUGGCAAACACAGUCCAGAACCCAGACGGCCAGGACAAGGUCAGGCUCCCCGACGAGCUACGGCUAGCCCCAGGAGACCGGGACGUCGAGACCGGCGUUGAGCCAUCAGGUAUUGUCGCGCCAGCCCCUGUGACGCCCUCCCCUGCGGCAAACCCUCGACCGGCACCAGCAGCUCCAAUGGCGAGCAUUCCGGGCGCCUCGGCAGCAAUAGCCCCGCUACGAAGUAUGACGGGUCAGAGAAAGGGACGGGAAGUACAAGAUCCCCGGGACCAGAGGAAGGGAGGGGCAGUACAAGAUCCUAGAGACCAACCCAAGCGGAGCUGGAGGUAGUGUCAAUUGGCCAUGGAAGGUUUCGGUUCUUGAGCGGGGACGGCAUUGCUUGGAAAAAAUUGCGAGUGAGGAUCCGUAUGAUGGCAUCUGAAUACCACUAGGCAUUGCGGCGGCGUUUCGGUUUCGUAUGUUCUUGUUUGUAUGCCAGGCAGAUUCGUAUCUAGCAUUUCGAAGGACUCUAUAAGGAGUAAAGGACAGCCCCUCAACACGGUGCAUUCUCACCUGGUCCAGUUAGUACUACUAGUACUGCAGGAUCCUGGCGGGCAUGGUGCACCUUUGGCUUUUGAGGUAUUUGAGUCAUGGAUAGCGAUGGAUAAUGGAAAUCAUUGACAUGGUACCC